AUGAGUACAGAUCCCUUGCAAAUAGAGAUACAGGAGGUGAAAGGGGAUAUCCAGUCGUUACAUCUGGAAAUUGACGUACUUGACAAGGAAUAUUCGGCAUUACUAGCACAAGCUAAAGAUCUUGAAGAGUCACUGAGACAAGGUGAUGAACCCUACAAUUUGCAAGAAAUACACGGCCAUUCAAAGGCCAAUUAUGAUAUAGAUGGACCACCAGUCAUAAAAAGCAGUUGUUUUGAUGAAUCAAUACGAAAAUAUUUUACGAAUGUAUUAGAUGAUGUGGAAGAAGAAAGUACAGAAGUAGUAACAAAGAGACAAAGACUAGACAAUAUUGCCAGUGAAUUUAAGGCCAAAUCAGAGACAAUUCUUGAAAUGAAACAGAAUAUUUUGUAUGAAAAUAUAUUCAGAUUUGGAGGUGUUACAUCUUUUCCAUUAAAUCCAUUUUUGUUCGAUGACAACGAUGAAAUUAUAGGAUUACGGUUUGAUAUUUUCUCUCAUUAUAAACGCAAAUUUAUCACACCACAUUACGUUAUACUACGAAAGAUGAAGAAUACAGAAAAAGGACUUGAAACAACUAUGAAAUGGGAAGUUUAUAGACAUACGUUGCCAGUAUAUUUACCAAUAUCUGAAUACAGUGAAUGCCUACACGAGGAUGAAGAAGUAGCAUUCUCAAAAUUCACCCAGCAAAUCAGAGAACACUUGAUUCAAAUUCAAUAUAAACAUGAUAAGUUUGAUUUUCUCCGAAGUAUUAAAUAUGACCAUAUCUCAAAAAAUAGGUCGAGCCAAGGUAGAGUUGUUAUAGAAAAACUUGAAAAAGAUCUACAAUGCCAGAGAAUAAAUAUAACUUUACUGAGUCGCGUAUCGAGCAGUAAAAAAGCAUCAGAAAUUAAUCUUGUUUGUACCAAUGACGAGAUAAAGGAAGUAAGUUGUACUAUAGAGGGGGUCGAUUCAGAUGACAAAAUAAUUAUACAAUGUGAAAGCCUACUAAAAAAUUGUGAUCUUAAAGAUUUGAUCAAGACUUUCAAGAAGGUUAUAGACUGUUUGAUAAAGAGCGAUAAGCUUUAG